AUGUGGGAUCACGAGCAUUUCCUGGGCACCAUGGUUCACUCCAAGUGCUCCUUGUUAACGUUGCUUGUCUACUCGGAUGCCUUUUACAACUACGACGCCAGGGGCGCUGAUGAGCUGUCUCUACAGAUUGGUGACACCGUGCACAUCUUGGAAACCUAUGAAGGGUGGUACCGGGGAUACACCUUAAGGAAGAAGUCCAAGAAGGGCAUCUUUCCUGCCUCGUACAUUCAUCUUAAAGAAGCGACCGUUGAAGGCAAAGGGCAACAUGAGACCGUCAUUCCAAGCGACCUCCCACUCAUCCAAGAAGUCACCACCACCCUCCGGGAGUGGUCCACCAUCUGGCGGCAGCUCUAUGUGCAAGACAACCGGGAGAUGUUCCGAAGUGUGCGGCACAUGAUCUACGACCUCCUUGAGUGGCGAUCGCAGAUUCUCUCCGGCACUCUGCCCCAGGAUGAGCUCAAGGAGCUGAAGAAGAAGAUCACCGCUAAAAUUGACUACGGGAACAGAAUCCUCGAUCUGGACCUGGUGGUGCGAGACGAAGAUGGGAACAUCUUGGACCCCGAGCUCACCAGCACCAUCAGUCUCUUCCGCGCUCAUGAGGUGGCUUCCAAGCAAGUGGAGGAAAGGUUACAGGAAGAGAAGUCUCAGAAGCAGAACAUAGACAUCAACAGACAAGCCAAGUUUGCGGCCACCCCUUCUUUUGCCCUGUUUGUCAACCUCAAGAACGUGGUGUGUAAGAUAGGGGAGGAUGCUGAGGUGCUCAUGUCUCUUUAUGACCCCGGAGAGUCGAAGUUCAUCAGUGAAAACUACCUGGUCCGAUGGUCAAGUUCAGGAUUACCGAAAGAUAUAGACAGAUUACACAACUUACGAGCCGUGUUUACAGGCCUUGGAAGCAAGGACCUGAAAAGGGAGAGGAUCAGCUUUGUCUGUCAGAUCGUCCGCGUCGGGCGCAUGGAGCUGAGGGACAACAACACCCGGAAGCUGACCUCGGGCUUGCGCAGGCCCUUCGGAGUGGCUGUGAUGGAUGUGACAGACAUCAUAAAUGGAAAAGUCGAUGAUGAAGACAAACAGCAUUUCAUUCCCUUUCAACCGCUCACGUUGGACGACGCCAUCCGACACAAGCCGCUGAACAUGUCAUCCCGUUUCUCACCCAGGGUGGCAGGGGAGAGCGACUUCCUUCAGACUGUUAUAAACAAAGUGAUCGCCGCUAAAGAAGUCAAUCACAAGGGGCAAGGCUUAUGGGUGACCCUGAAGUUGCUUCCUGGAGAUAUCCAUCAGAUCCGGAAGGAGUUCCCUCACUUGGUGGACAGGACGACAGCAGUGGCCCGGAAGACCGGCUUCCCAGAGAUCAUCAUGCCUGGUGAUGUUCGGAACGACAUCUACGUCACGCUCGUGCAAGGAGACUUUGAUAAAGGAAACAAGACCACCGCCAAGAACGUGGAGGUCACAGUGUCCGUGUACGACGAGGAGGGGAAGCGACUGGAGCACGUCAUCUUCCCCGGAGCCGGCGACGAUGCAAUCUCCGAGUACAAAUCCGUGAUUUACUAUCAAGUGAAGCAGCCACGCUGGUUUGAGACGUUGAAGGUGGCCAUUCCCAUCGAAGAUGUCAACCGCAGCCACCUUCGGUUCACCUUCCGGCACAGGUCCUCGCAGGACUCAAAGGACAAGUCCGAGAAGAUCUUUGCUCUUGCCUCUGUGAAGCUGAUGCGCUAUGACGGGACCACGCUGCGUGACGGCGAGCAUGACCUCAUUGUCUAUAAGGCUGAAGCGAAGAAGCUGGAGGACGCCUCCACCUACCUGAGCCUGCCCUCCACGAAGGCGGAGCUGGAGGAGAAGGGGCACUCGGCGACGGGCAAGGGCCUGCAGAGCCUGGGCAGCUGCACCAUCAGCAAGGACUCCUUCCAGAUCUCCACGCUGGUGUGCUCCACCAAGCUCACGCAGAACGGUGGGUGUGCGCCAGCCCGGCAGGACGCCGACGGGAGAGGGUGGCUGGCCAGGGCGUGGCACCCGUCGUGCCAUGAAGUGCCCUCUGAGGAGGCUUUCCUGCAGGACACCUUGGAUGCCCUCUUCAACAUCAUGAUGGAGAACUCUGAGAGCGAGACUUUCGACACGCUGGUGUUUGACGCUCUGGUGUUUAUCAUCGGACUCAUUGCUGACCGGAAAUUUCAGCAUUUUAACCCUGUUCUGGAAACCUACAUCAAGAAGCACUUCAGUGCCACGUUGGCCUACACGAAGCUGACGAAAGUACUGAGGAGCUACGUGGACAACGCUGAGAAGCUGGGCACCAAUGAGCAGCUGUAUAAGGCCAUGAAAGCCCUCGAGUACAUCUUCAAGUUCAUUGUGCGAUCCCGCAUCCUGUUCAACCAACUGUACGAGAACAAAGGGGAGGCCGACUUCAUGGAGUCCUUGCUGCAGCUGUUCCGCUCCAUCAACAGCAUGAUGGGCAACCUGUCGGAGCAGACGGUGCGGGUGAAGGAAGCAGCGCUGAAAUACUUGCCCACGAUUGUCAACGAUGUGAAGCUGGUGUUUGACCCCAAAGAGCUUAGCAAAAUGUUUACUGAAUUCAUCCUCAACGUUCCCGUGGGCCUGCUGACCAUCCAGAAGCUGUACUGCAUGAUUGAGAUCAUCCACAGCGACCUCUUCACACAGCACGACUGCAGAGAGAUCCUGCUUCCUGUGAUGACGGACCAGCUCAAGUACCACCUGGAGCGACAGGAAGACCUAGAGGCCUGUUGCCAGCUGCUGAGCAACAUCCUGGAGGUGCUGUACCAGAAGGACGUGGGCCCCACGCAGCGGCAUGUUCAGGUCAUCAUGGAAAAGCUGCUUCGUACUGUCAACCGGACCGUCAUCUCCAUGGGCCGGGACUCCGAGCUCAUCGGCAACUUCGUGGCCUGCAUGACAGCGAUCCUGCGGCAGAUGGAAGACUACCAUUACGCCCAUUUGAUCAAGACCUUCGGCAAGAUGAGGACCGACGUGGUGGAUUUCCUGAUGGAGACAUUCAUCAUGUUUAAGAACCUCAUCGGGAAGAACGUCUACCCUUUCGACUGGGUGAUCAUGAACAUGAUGCAGAAUAAAGUGUUCCUGCGAGCAAUUAAUCAGUAUGCAGAUAUGCUGAACAAAAAGUUUCUGGAUCAAGCCAGCUUUGAGCUACAGCUCUGGAACAACUACUUCCACCUGGCCGUGGCGUUCCUUACGCAGGAGUCCUUGCAGCUGGAGAAUUUCUCGAGUGCUAAGCGAGCCAAAAUCCUUAACAAGUACGGCGACAUGAGGAGGCAGAUUGGGUUUGAGAUCAGAGACAUGUGGUACAACCUGGAGUGCACCUAUCUCCAGCUCCCUGAGAUCCAAAUCCCUCCUGUCUACCUGGGCUACGUGGAUGGGCCCCUGCAGCACAGGUGGUUGUAUCGCUGGAUUUCUGGUCCAAGGCAGAGCGGGCUUCUCUUAUUUGAAAAUGAGAUCAUCACCAAGCUGGAUCAUGAAGUGGAAGGAGGCAGAGGAGACGAGCAGUACAAAGUGUUAUUUGAUAAAAUCCUCUUGGAGCACUGCAGGAAGCAUAAAUACCUUGCCAAGACGGGGGAAACUUUUGUGAAACUUGUCGUGCGCCUGAUGGAAAGGCUUCUGGACUACAGGACCAUUAUGCAUGACGAGAACAAGGAGAACCGGAUGAGCUGCACGGUCAACGUGCUGAACUUCUACAAAGAAAUUGAAAGAGAGGAAAUGUACAUCAGGUAUUUGUACAAGCUGUGUGACCUGCACCGAGAAUGCGACAACUACACGGAGGCGGCGUACACCCUCCUGCUGCACGCCAAGCUGCUUAAGUGGUCGGAGGACGUGUGCACUGCCCACCUCACCCAGCGGGACGGCUACCAGGCAACGACGCAGGGACAGCUGAAGGAGCAGCUGUACCAGGAAAUUAUCCACUACUUCGACAAAGGCAAGAUGUGGGAGGAAGCCAUCGCCCUGGGCAAGGAGCUGGCAGAGCAGUAUGAAAAUGAGAUGUUCGAUUACGAGCAACUCAGCGAGCUGCUGAAAAAACAGGCGCAGUUUUACGAAAACAUCGUCAAAGUGAUACGGCCCAAGCCGGACUACUUUGCCGUUGGCUACUACGGGCAAGGAUUCCCCACCUUCCUCCGGGGUAAAGUCUUCAUUUACCGCGGCAAGGAGUAUGAACGCAGGGAGGAUUUCGAGGCGCGGCUGCUGACUCAGUUUCCAAACGCCGAGAAGAUGAAGACCACGUCCCCGCCUGGCGACGAGAUUAAAAGUUCCCCCGGCCAGUAUAUCCAGUGCUUCACAGUGAAGCCCAAACUCGAUUUGCCCCCCAAGUUUCACAGGCCUGUUUCAGAGCAGAUCGUCAGUUUUUACAGGGUGAAUGAGGUACAGCGAUUCGAGUAUUCUCGGCCGAUCCGGAAAGGAGAGAAAAACCCAGACAAUGAAUUUGCGAACAUGUGGAUCGAGAGGACCAUCUACAUGACUGCAUACAAGCUACCUGGGAUUUUACGGUGGUUCGAGGUCAAAUCCGUCUUCAUGGUGGAGAUCAGCCCCCUGGAGAAUGCCAUCGAGACGAUGCAGCUGACCAACGACCGGAUCCACAGCAUGGUGCAGCAGCACCUGGACGACCCCAGCCUGCCCAUCAACCCGCUCUCCAUGCUUCUCAGCGGCAUCGUCGACCCGGCCGUCAUGGGUGGCUUCGCCAACUAUGAAAAGGCCUUCUUCACCGAACGCUACCUGCAGGAGCACCCUGAAGGCCACGAGAAGAUCGAGAAACUCAAGGACCUGAUCGCCUGGCAGAUCCCUUUUUUGGCGGAAGGGAUCCGGCUUCACGGAGACAAGGUCACGGAAGCGCUGCGGCCAUUCCAUGAGAGAAUGGAGGCCUGUUUCAAACAGCUGAAGGAGAAAGUGGAAAAGCAAUAUGGCGUCCGCACCAUGCCCUCGAGUCUGGACGACAGGAGAGGCAGCCGUCCACGGUCCAUGGUCCGCUCCUUCACCAUGCCCUCAUCGUCCCGGCCGCUGUCCGUAGCCUCCGUGUCCUCCCUGUCAUCCGACAGCGCCCCUUCACGGCCGGGCUCUGAUGCGUUUGUUCUGGAGCCUCUCCUGCCAAAGAAAAUGCAGUCCCGGUCCCAGGACAAGCUAGACAAGGAGGAUGCGGACAAGGAGAAGAAGGACAAGAAGAAGGAAAAGAGGACUAGCAAGCACCAGGAGGCAUUUGACAAGGACUUCAAGCCAGCUGACACUCCCCUGCAGCGGUCCGAGGCAGUGAUUCUCUCAGAAACGAUCAGCCCCCUGCGGCCCCAGAGACCCAAGAGCCAGGUCAUCAACACCAUGGCGGGUGAGCGACGUUUCUCUGUGUCCCCGUCCCCACCAGCCUCACAGCAGACGCCCCCUCCGGUCACGCCUCGGGCCAAGCUCAGCUUCAGCCUGCAGUCCAGUUUGGAGCUGAAUGGCAUGGCCGCCAUGGACGUGGCCAGUGUCCCUCCCCCACUGCCUCUCAAGGGCGGCAUGGCUGAUUAUGGGAACGUGAUGGAAAGCCCGGACUCAGGCUCGCUGACGCCUCCGCCCCCUCCCCCACACCAGAGGCAUCUGCCGCCCCCGCUGCCCAGCAAAACCCCUCCACCUCCGCCCCCAAAGACGACUCGCAAACAGACGUCGGUGGACUCUGGGAUUGUGCAGUGACCCGGCCAGAACGCCUCGUCCUCCCUCCCCCUCGUCUCCUGCGGCAGCGCUGGCCUGGGUCCCCGAGUCCACCACUCAGAGCUUCCGUUGAGAAGUCCGUUCCUCUGGCAGUUUGGAGCAGGCUGGCCUGAAGCUGGGAGGGGCUGCUGUGUGGGUCAAAGUGGAGAACCUCUGAGGUUAGUCUUAAGAGAAGCCCAAGUCUUACCCAGAAGUCUUUCUGUUAGUGCCAAAUGACUUCAGUUCGCAAGAUGCCCAGGGGCGCUGCGUUUUGCCAAGUAGGGAGGGCUACACAUCAUUCCUGGAAGUCGGG